UUCCGGCGGUGACGAACUCCCCACGACAAUAUGCCUCUUGCAAAAGAUCUCCUUCAUCCCCCUCCAGAAGAGAAGAGGAAACACAAGAAGAAGCGCCUGGUGCAGAGUCCCAAUUCUUACUUCAUGGAUGUGAAAUGCCCAGGUUGUUAUAAAAUCACCACCAUCUUUAGCCAUGCACAAACGGUAGUUUUGUGUGUUGGCUGCUCCACUGUCCUCUGUCAGCCUACAGGAGGAAAAGCAAGGCUUACAGAAGGAUGCUCCUUCAGAAGGAGGCAGCACUAAAAGUACCAUGAAUCAAGAUGAGUGGGGAACCAUCCCAAUAAACACAUUUUGGAUACAUCC